GCUUACUGAGUCGUGAGUCAUUCGAGCGAUUCGACUCCUGAGAGAAGAACGUCUGCAGUACAGUACGGCUACUUUACCUGACUUUAUCAUGGCUGUCAAAACUGGUUAUUGGAAUAUUCGUGGGUACAUGCAACCUAUUCGACUUCUUUUGGCCCAUGCCGGGGUUGAGUAUGAGGAGAAGCGUUAUAAUGUUGGACCGGCUCCCGACUAUGACCCGAGUGAGUGGUUGAACAACAAAUUUAACCUUGGUCUGGAUUUCCCGAAUUGCCCUUACUACAUUGAUGGAGAUGUCAAGCUUUCACAAACUUUUGCCAUUCUGAAAUAUUUGGGUCGCAAGCAUAACAUGGCAGCCAAGACUGAGGAGGAGCAAAUCAGAGUGGACUUGAUAGAGGCAGAAGCCAUUGAUAUGCGUUCAAAGUGGUCCACACUGUGCUAUCAUGAUGAUUUUGAGAAGAUGAAACCAGAUUACAUUAAAAAUGUUGCAGUGAAGUUGAAGGAAGUUUCCACCUUUCUGGGAAGUCACCCAUAUUUUGCAGGACAGAAUAUAACCCACAUGGACUUUGUGAUGUAUGAAUUGUUGGACCAGAACUCUCAAUUGAUUCCUGGAUUACUUGAUGAAUUCCCUAAUCUGAAAGAAUUUCACGCGGGAAUCGGAGCGCUAGAAAAAGUUGCAGCUUAUCUCAGUUCGGAUAAAUGCAUCAAGUAUCCUUUCAAUGGACCUAUGGCUCAGUGGGGCGGAAAAUAAGCAAAAUCGAUGUCUACCAUACUCAUCUUUGAAUUUUCUAAUGUUAGACACUUAGACUUAACUUAGGCCCUUAGACUUCACUAGAUAAAAUUUGUUUUACAAUUUACAAAGUUAUCCAACAUUCCUUGUUAAUCAAUUCAACACAUUGUUUAAAAAAAUGUCAUUCUCAAUUAUUGUUUAUAAAAAAAUAUGUUAUUAUGGUUAAA